AUGUCUGUCCGGGGACACUUUGUCGCUCUUUCCAAAUGCACACUUCUUCUCUCUCUGAGGAUGUUGCUUCUUGUGCCCGCAGGGUUGCCGGUCCGCAGCCAAGGGGACCCUCAAUCCGACAACAAAGUGAUGGACAACAUCACCGUCCGACAAGGAGAGACGGUCUUUCUCAGGUGUGCACAGGGGGACGUGGUCACACACACAGCAUGGCUAAACCGCUCGAGUAUACUUUAUGCCGGGGAAGACAAAUGGUCGGUGGAUCCCAGAGUGAGUCUGGUGACCCUCAAUCAAGAGGAGUUUACCAUCAAGAUUGAAAACGUGGACAUGACAGAUGAGGGGCAGUAUGUGUGUGCAGUCCAGACAAGCAGUCGACCGAGAACCACCUCAGUGCACGUCCUCGUCCAAGUACCACCGAAAAUCAUCAACCUGUCAAGAGACAUUGUGGUAAACGAAGGCUCCAACGUCACCCUGAUGUGCCAGGCCAGCGGUAAACCCGAGCCUUCCAUCAGCUGGAAACACUUCCUUCCCCUUUUUAUAGGAGACCUGGUAUCAGAGGAUGAGUACCUGGAAAUCCCUUCUAUCUCCAGACAGAGAGCGGGGACCUAUGAAUGCACAGCCGUCAACGACAUUGACACAGACGUGCAGACUGUAGACAUCACUGUCAACUAUGCUCCGGCCGUGUCGGAGGGCAGAGACGUCGGGGUCACUCUGGGCCAGAGAGGAGUGCUGGAGUGUGAGGCUGAUGCCGUGCCUGAGGCAGACUUUGAGUGGUACAAAGAUGACAGAAGGAUCUUCAAUGGCUUUGAUGGCAUGGAGAUUCUGAAUUCUGGGUCUCUGUCAAAGCUGACAUUUUUUAAUGUGUCUGACGGAGAUUACGGCAACUACACUUGUGUCGCACUCAACAAACUUGGGAGCUCGAACACAAGCUUCCUUCUGUAUGUCGUAAUUGAACCCACUAGCUCAACGCUAUUGCAAGGUUAG